AUGGGAAAUAUUUGGAAAGUUGCAUUCAUUUUUUUCAUUUUUAAGUUCUUUAUUUUAAAGACUGAAGGGUGAGUGCUGUUACAUAUUUAUUUUAUUUUUACCUUGCGGUAAAUUUUAACUAUUUGUAAUUAUCUUUACAUUUUUGAAACAUUUUAAUAUAUUGGAGAUUAUUAUGUAUUAUGAUUCUACUCAAUGUAAUAUUGAAAUUGCAUGCAGAACAUCGGCUUGGUGCUGCAAUAAUUGAAAUAUCUCUUUGGAUAAUAUAUUUACGAACAUUUGAAGAGUAAUUCUACUGAGAUCUAUUUGAAAUAUAAUUGCUUUUAGUUAAAAGAACAUGUUAGGCACCAAUACAUAUUUAUCCAGUGUGUUGAUAAGGCUACAGUUAGAUAUGCUGAGUGGGUUUUAAUUAAUUGUAAUAAUAUUUAUUGAAGUAUUGAUCUGUUUGCACCACAUUACUAUAGUACAUGGUUUUGUAUUUACAUGCUACUGGAAACUGUAGUUCUGUGUUAAGUUUUCCAAAAUAUGGUAAUGGGUAGUCUGUUUUGAGGCUGGGAUCUUCUCUCAAAAUUUGUAUUUUUUCCCUUUUCUAAUAUUUGUUCUUUUUGGGUUAUGCCCAUAUUACCCAUUUUGUUCCACAAGACUGUGGAUUUAGACUUUCUCUUUCUCCUUAGUCUUGGUUUUUCAAUUUUCUGUUCCUCCUCUAACUCUACCUCUUCUGAUAAUCUCCCAAAAUUCUAUAAAAAAAAGAUUAAAUCAAGUUUGGAGAUAUCUUCAUUGGAGAAUUAUAUUAAAAAACAAAUGAUUCCAAGGGGAUUAAGUGUCCGGAACAUAACAUCUUCUUAUACUGAGAAAACUGAGCGAGUGGGAGUCUGCGGCGUGUGCAUGUUCAAGACGCUUUAUGGAAAUUAUAAUUAAAUAUGAAAAAGAGAGAUUGCUGGAAAUUAAUUCAAAAUUAUAGGAAGAGAUUGACAAGGUUAAACGGUAUCGAGCUGAUCCAGAAUUUAUCCAAUAUGAGACCAAACUAAAGAAUAAUCUGGACAAAUUCCAACACACUAUAAAAAUAUGGAAACAUCAGAAAUGUGUAAGAGACUCUAAGGACUACCAAAGUGGCAAUGUCUAUAGGCAUUUUACACGCAGAGUGAGAACAAAUUCUGAAAACUAUCUCACCUCAGACUAUGAGUCCUCAGACACUGAUAAUGAUGAAUCAGCAAGACAGUCACAACCUCACCUCCACUCUCAGCCACAGACUCCCACUCCCUCCACACAGCAUAACCCCAAAGGUAUCAUAAAGAAAGGUGUCAAUUUUUUACAGGAAGGGAUACCAAUUUGCAAGAACUGGUAUCCAUCACAAGACAGGGGGUGCCAGAAGGGGAGAAAGAAAGGGGGGGGAGAGAUUCUAGGUUCCAAUCGGCAUACAAUAGUUGCUGCCAAUUUGAGAAUCAUUAAUCUCCUACAUUUUUUUUCUAAGUCAUGACCACCUUGCAUUGCUUGAGAAAGGACUAUCUUUUGUUCCCGUUCCACUUUUUGACAAAUUCACAUGGGUUAAAGACUUACAUCUUUUAGUCGGAAGUUGGCACUUCAUAAGUACAACCAAAUAAACAAAUAGAAAAAGGCAAGAUCACAUGAGAUGUCCACUACUAAAUAUGAAUGAUGACUCUGAUGGAAUUAUGGGAAGAAAAUAAUGAGGAUUAUUCCCCAAACUAUACUGAUCUCAAACCAAAAAGUCGGUUUACCCCUACCUAGGGAACUAUAGAAAUAUUGACCUUUUCUUAGAAACGAUGAAAAAGUAAAUAGAAAAGAUAAAUAUUAGAAGCUUAGAUUUUUAUACGAAUAAUAAUCUAUCUAAAAAGAACAGCAGGCUUUGAGAUCCCUUAAAAAUGACAACAACCUUAUUAUAAAGCCAGCACACAAGGGGGGCAAUAUUGUACUUAUAAAUUCAAGAAACUAUAUUGAAAUGGUGGAGAGAGUAUUGGGUGAUGGGGACACUGAUAGGGUCCUUAAAUCGGAUCCCACUAAUGACUUUCUACAAAAAUAUAAAGAAAUUCUUGGCAGGGGCCGCAGUGAAGGCUUGUUAUCGGGUAACGAGUAUGAAUUCAUUCUAUAUCAUCACCCAAGGAUAGCGACCUUUUACUGCCUGCCCAAAGUCCACAAAAGUCUUUCUUCACCUCCAGGUCGCCCCAUUGUGCCAGGCAUUGAAAACCUGACCCAAAAUGUGAGCAUCUACAUAGAUCAGAUCCUCAGACCUUUUGUUGAGGGACUCCUGUCUCUGCUGCUCUAUGUAGCCUGGAUGUUGAGGCACUCAACUCUUCCAUCCUGCACGAAAAGGGCAUCCACACAUUGGUUCUUUUCUGGAAAAAAUGGGAGAACAACAUCUCCCACACACAAGGUUCUCUCUUGAGCUCCUUGAGUAUAUCCUCACACACAAUUAUUUUAUAUUUUACAACAAGUUCUACGACUAGGUGAGAGGUACAAAAUCUGACGUCUCAAAAUACCUCCCUUUAAUCUUCUUGUGGCGUAGGUAUAUAGAUGACGUCCUAAUUGUGUGGCGGGGUAGUCUUGAGGAGUCAAUGAUUUUGUUAAACUUUUGAAUAUUAAUGAGUAGAAUAUAAGGUUUACAAGCUAGUUUUUUGGCCCAUCUUUGAAUUUCUUGGACUUGACAAGAACUAUUACAGAUCAGAAUACCAUCCAUACUACACUUUUCAGGAAGCUGUCAGCCUCCAACAACCACUUAAGAUGGAACAGCUCCCACCCCAAACUCCUAAGACAGGGCAAUACCUUAGGAUUAGAUGGAAGUGUAGCACAAUUGAGGAGUUUUAUAUCAAGGCUAGACAGCUAAGACAACAGUUUAAAGAGAAAGGAUUCCCAAACAAAGUCUUAAAAUGUGCCUAUACGAGGGUGUUGGAGGCAGAUCGGAGUACUCAACUAAAAGAGGCUGAAUCUAAGAAAUCUCCAAGAGGGUCCAACGAGACCAUCACGGGUGACGGACACUUAAAAGAAGUACUCGCCCCUAAUGUGACUAUUACAGCACGUAUUACUAUUACUGGCACCCAGCCAUUUUCAACGGAAACAAUCAUCGUUAUCAACAUGGCUUAGGAAUCCUCCAGCUGGCUCAUUUGGCUGUGGCAGAUGUGUAGUCUGCAAAUUGAAGGACUCAAAAACAGUCACAGACAGUAAGGGCAAAAAGGAGUUCAAAAUAAAAUCCUUUUUUAACUGCAAUAGAGAAGGGUUAGUAUAUUUACUAAUCUGCCAAUGCAAUCUAAAAUAUGUUGGUAAAACGUUUCAUCCCUUUAAACAACAAAUUCAGGAACAUAUUAGAUCUCAAAAAAAAAUCAUCAUUAUCAACAUGGCUUAGGAAUCCUCCAGCUGGCUCAUUUGGCUGUGGCAGAUGUGUAGUCUGCAAAUUGAUCAAGAAGGACUCAAAAACAGUCACAGACAGUAAGGGCAAAAAGGAGUUUAAAAUAAAAUCCUUUUUUUAACUGCAAUAGAGAAGGGUUAGUAUAUUUACUAAUCUGUCAAUGCAAUCUAAAAUAUGUUGGUAAAACGUUUUGUCCCUUUAAACAACAAAUUCAGGAACAUAUUAGAUCUCCCAUUUUGAGACAUCAUUAGGGAUUGCAAGUCGCCAUAACUAGGGGUUUAUUUUUAUUGGUAUUGUUUUGUUUUCCCCUGAGGAAUAAGCACGAAUGGAUGCUCUAUAUCUUGUACAGGAUAAUCCUUUGUGAUUACAUAAAACUAUGGGUGGAUCAUUUGGACCCCCCCACAUUGAAGGUUCACCUAUUUUUAAACAUACCAUAUUAUCCCAUUAGAAUUUUUUCGAUGGGAUUUUAAUCAUGUGAGCAACUACAUUUACGGGUCAAUUUAGGUUUCAAUCUCCCCUGUAGGGGUUAAUUCUAUUGGAAGCACAUUCCAAAGUCUAAAAGGGAUGUGUACUGCCCUACAGACCCUAACCACUCCCCCGAUGACGUGCUGACGUAUGAUUAGCCGUAUCACAUCAUCCAAUGGGCGGCGCUAAAACCUUAAAAUGACCAGCAAGCUCGAUAUGGUGGGAUUAUCCUUGAAAAAGGCAUCUGUAUCGCGCCGAAACGCGCGUUGCGCGCUACAGCAGAAAGGCAGCAGGAGAUUAGAGAGGUCAAUGCAUGGCUGAAGUCUUGGGUUUUGGGGUUUUAGAGCACUGGGACGAUUUUGGGCUUGGGUACAACCUGUAUAGUCAUGAUGGAUUGCACCUAAACAGAAGAGUUUCUGCUGUAAUGGGGAAUAAGAUGGCUAGAAGGUUGGAGGAGAUUUUAAACUUGUAGUGGGGGGUGAGGGUCAAAGCAAUCUAGAAAAUGAUUGGAGAAAAAGGAUCGGAGAUCGGAUAGAAAGGAGAUGGGCUUUAACUCAGUAUAAGGGGGGUGGAGAUGGGGAGAGGGGAAAACAGAGGAAGUAUGCAAUACUGAUGAAAAUUCACAAAAAGUACAAAAUGACUCGUGUUAAUAUUAAAUCUAUGCUUACUAAUACAAGGAGCCUAUAUAACAAAGUGGGGGAACUAGAGGCAAUAGCAUGCACUAAACAAUAUGAUAUAAUAGGCAUAAGAGAAACAUGGUGGGAUGAGACACAUGACUGGGCAGUUAACUUAAAUGGGUAAUCAUUAUUUCCUUAUUAGGAAGGAUAGGAGAAACAAGAAGUGUUGUGGGGUAUGUUUGUAUGUUAACCAUGAGUUAAAGUCAAAUCUUAGGCAUGUGGAAUGUGACAAGGAAAAUGUGGAAGCUUUAUGGUAGAUAUCUGCUUGGGGCAAAAAGAAAAAUAAUAGCUAUCUAAUGACAAUUAGAAAAAAAUGAGACAUCAGUAAUGGAACAUAAUAAAGCGUUUAAUGAGGACAAUGUAAUAAAUCUAAAAUAACAAGAAAUAUGGAACAACACAAAUAGGUGUGGAAAGAGGGUGGCGCUUUUUAGUGAAGAAUAAAAUUAUUUGGUUUAGCUGCUAGUUACACUCAGUGGGUACUCCAAAAACCUCACUAUAACAUUUAAACACAGAAAAAAAACAAAUUACUAAGAGUAGGUUGGUAUAACUACCUUCCCAACUCUUAGUAAGAGUGCAGAGCUAUAGCUGUUAUUACAGAGUGAUUAAUGCAAAACAUACACUUACCCCUCAGAAUGUACAGGGGUAUAUAUGUAUAUAUGUAAAAGACAAAAACAGAGAAAACAUACAUAGAGUAGUAUUGAAUAACACCAAAUUUUGCUAGAUUACGUGAAUAGAAAUAAACUCCAGAGAAAGACAAGAGAAAGAAAGGGGAACUUGUGGGUGCAGAUUUAACUGUAACAAUAGUGAACAAUAGUGAACAAUAUUUUAUAGAAGAGAUACGUGCUCACCUCUCUUAGAGCCUUUUCAUAACUGGUUCUAAGUGUUUGUAGUAUUGUGUCAAUUUUAGGGUGACACUACCCUCUACUGGACCCAAGAUGCAAAGUAGAGAUGGAAGUAGGUAUUUAAAAAAUAUUUAUUUUGCACUGCUUUAAAUCAACUAGAUGAGUUUCUCCUGGGAAGUAAUUAUCUUUCUAUAUAUAUAUUUUAAAAUAAACAUAUGUAUAUUAUGUGCUUUAUAGUAUAUGCUGUUAUUACAUGUUGUGCCCAGGAGAUGGCACUAGGAGUACAUUUGAACAGUCUAGGGGUCUAUUCACUAAACUCGUAAUUUUAGUGCAUUAAAAUCCAAAUUGUAAAAUUUAGCUAUUUUAGCCUAAGACCAUUACAGUAACAGCUUGCACUAAAAAGAGUAAUUAGGGGCACUUUAUAAUUGCAUGCCUACAAUAUUUAGACUAGCAGUGUGAUCUGUGAAGCUGUGUGUACACAUCACACAGUACUAGUCUUAAAAUGAAUGUGAGCUGGUCCAAAAAAAAAAAAUAUUUUAAAUAACAAUAAUUAUUGGUGGAUCUUUUACAAGCUGUCCCUGUACUCACUUUGCUAAUCUGGGAUUAGGAGUCUCUUAUCAGCCCCUGUUGUUUUCUAUAGUGUAAUUUGUACCUUGUUCCAUGGGCAGAUAAUGGGAUUGGAAGGGAGCCUCGCCCUUCAGUCUGAGGUCUCAACACAUAAUGGGGAGGAGGAAAGCCCUCAGCAGCCACAAGCCAGCACAGUCAUACUAAGAAUGGGUGGUGGAGAGAGAGCCUCAAAGAAUCCUGUGAUAAAACUAUUCCUGUUUUAUGUGUAGAAGAGAUCCUAUGAUUAUUAGACACUCUGUGUAUGGGAGAGCUAGCUGGCUGGCUAAGCCUGAUAGGAGUUAUACGAACUUAAUGAUCAAACUCUUCCAUGCAUAGAGUGCAAAGAAAGAUAGAAUAGAGAUGUGGAAGGAGUAAUAAAGAAAGAUGUUUAAAGAGACAGAUACACAACCCUAAAACAAACCAUAUUAGUAGCUUUUCCAAUGCCAAAAGAUGUUUUAAUUUUAUUUAUAGGUGAUUGAAUUGUACAAUUGUGGUUAACAAAGGAAGUGUUUUGCUUAAAGGAACACUAUCUGGUCAGGAACAGAAAGUGAAUAUAAAUCCACCAAAACAAUAGAGACAGAUAAAAUAAACUAUACCGGUCCUUAGACCAGUAGGUAAAUAAAAGGAUAAUAGGAGCAUCAGAACAAGCCAAGGUCAAAUGAAGACAAAAUAUCACAGAAACGAAAGCAAAAGACGGGUCAAGAGAGCCAGAGAAACAGAAUAGUCAGGACAAACCCGGGUCAAUACCAAAAAGACAAUAAACAGGCAAAGUAACACACUCUAUAGGGAUACUAGGAACCACAAGAGAGCACUGUGCCUUGGUCUGAAUAAACUUUUAAACAUUUGGGGGGGUGUUUGGUGUAACCAUGCCCUCAAAUCGUGAGAAUAUGUUGGCUUCUAGUGUGUACCCCUCUGAUGUCAUGAUGCCGUCUUGCAUGCACUGCAUCAUAAAAAGGUGCAUGAGCACAGCGGCAGGCGUCCAGGAGGCUGUCAGGAUGAACAGUAGGCUCAGAAGCGAUGAUUGGAGUAACAGCUGAUCAGCCCCCAGCCCCAGUGCCCCCCUCUACAAAUUCCAGCACCCCCCUCUAGCUGACAAGCAGACUCCACUCACAUUGCUGCUGCCAGUAUGCGACUCCGGAGUCCGGCCUCUGGUAUACCCCAAAUGGUGCUGUCCGCACACUGUGCCAAAGCGGAUCCUCCUGCUACUUCUUGAAAGUUGAUGUCAUGUUGGAAUGUGACGUUGCAUUGCGUGCCUCUGUGCACUUCCUGGUACUCCACUGUCCAGCAGCGGCCAUUGCAACACUCACAGACACACAAACACUCACUGACACACAAACACUCACUGACACACAUACACACUGACAGACACACUCACUGACAGACACACAGACACACACACACACUCACUGACACACACACACACACACACUGACAGACACACUCACUGACAGACACACAGAUAGGCACACACACACACUCACUGACAUACAGACACACUCACUGAUAGACACACAGACAGACACACUCACUGACAGGCACACACACACUCACUGACAGACAGACACACACACUCACUGACAAACAGACACACACACACACACACACUCACUGACACUCACAGACACACACACUCACUCACUGACAGACAACACUAAGCAUGUACUCGAGGCUCCAUGGGUUGCAAAGAUGUUCAUUGUGGGCCACGAGUUUGACAUGCUUGAUCUAAGCCAAUCACAAUGCUUUCCCAUAGGAACCAACUCCGCCCUAGCCAAUCAGCAUCUCUUCAUAGAGAUGCAUUGAAUCAGUGCAUCUAUUUGUUCAAAGUCCAGUGCCUCCGUGCAGGGCUUGGAGAGACUGAACAUCAUUGCUGCGCAUUGUGCAGCACUAACCUAGGAGGAACCUGAAUAUCACAUAAAACAUGCAACAUUUAUAGAUGCAUUGAUAGAAAUAAUUGGGGAAAAAAGAAACAGAGAAAAAAAAGACUAACUUGUAAAUUACACAAUUUUCACAUACCUGAACUAACUUAUUUUUAAAAUAUUAAACAGUGCAUACUUCAUGAAAUAAAGUAAAGCAUGGGAAAUAUUUUAUGUUAUAAAAGUGAUAAAGUUGCCUUUUUAUUCAUCUAUUGCUGACAAAAUGUUAUUUUUUUUACAGAGCAAAUCAAAAGAACACAGAAAAUGAUAAAUGUAUAAAUGGAGGUAAAUAAGAUAUUUUUUAUGUACUAAUUAUUUAACCUUUAAGAACCAAUUACAAUCUAAGCUUUCAUUCUACUAUAGUUACAUGUGAUUCUAUGCUAAAAUACUAUGCUAAAAUUGAAUGACCAUGAGUUUUUCCAUUGGGAACUCUGUAAUUGUAAUAAAGUAGAACAUUUGACUCCCCAUUAUGGUCUCUAAGAAUUAACUCCACAUGUCAUUAACAAAAACAUGCAAGGUAAAAAAACAACAUUGCCCAUAUGUUAAAUGAUAUACAGACACUUAUCUUUUAUAAAAUAUUUUUUAUAUAAUUGAUGACAGCUAAUAUAAAUUAAAAAAAUGUCACUGACAUGCACAAUUGGAUAAAUAAUACCAUAUUUAAUAAGCAUCAGUGUUACUUACUAAACUAGUGUCUGCACUAAAUAAAAAACUGGUACAUUGACAAUCAUGUAAAAAUGUUAAAACUAGGAAAAAAAUUAGAGAUGGGGAAAAAUAAAUAACUUAUAAAUGUUUAGGGAGAGAUGAGAAAGAUCAAAGACUCUUGUCACGGGAGUUGUACCCCAACACGCAGGAAAGAGCAAAACCACAAAAGGUGGAUCUUAAAGACAUAUUACCGAGCCUUAGAAUGGCCGGACUUAAUGUAUUAAUACAACAAGAAACAGGGUGAGGAUAAAUAAAGGACAGGAAUAACAGAAAUACUCAAGUCAACUCGAGUCAAGACGAAGCCGGGGUCAGGAUACCAGAAAUCACGAGUCAAAUAUGAAGCCGAGGUCAAACACAGGAAAUCACAAGGGAAUCACUAGGAGCACUAAACAAAAACCACGAUAGAGCAAAGAAUCGAGGCUAAAAAAACAAUAAAUAGACUCUAAAGAGUUCCCAUUGGUCCAUGUCAUCUCUGCAAAACCAAACAGCAUUGAGUUGCCUACAUGACGUGAUCCCUUCAAGAUAAUGAUGUCAUGGCUUUAUAUUUAAUUUCUAUGGGUUGCAGUUCGUCCUGCGAACCAGCACCCUGUGCCAGAGCUGUUCCUCCAGCUACUCAUUAAAACCCCGUGAGGAUGGAGCAUGUCGACGUCAUGUUGGAACAUGUGGUGGCAUGUUUCUGUGCGGCUCUAGGUCCUCCACUGUCUAACUGCAUCCAUCACAACACUGAUAACACCUCCCUAAUGCAUGGCACCACCCUAAUGCUUGGCACCCAGUGCAAACUGCCGCCCUGUUAGUAAUUAGUUUUUGAUGGGCUGCAAAGAUACUCAUUGUGGGCCGCGAGCUUGACAUGCUUGUACUACUACAUAAAGGUGUCAUAACCUAUUAGAGAUUUGUCAAAAUGCUAGAGGACAACCCUUCCAAUUGUCCUGCAAUGGAAAUACAAAUUUUGCCCUGGAUUUUUAUAUUUUUGAGUAAGCUUUUCAGAUUAUUUUGUAUUUUUGGAUACAAAUUUUAAAUUAUUUUUUCAAAAUCUUAAAAUAUAAAAAAAAAUAUGAAAAUAAAAAAAACAAAGUUAAAAUAUUUUUUAUAAUAUUAAAUCAUUUGAAAAGUUUAUCCAAAAAUGUUAAAUUGAUACUGGUGUUGUGCUAUUUUCAAGUAGAGUAAAGAAAGCUGGUACUUCUUAGAGGCGUUGCUAUGUAGAAUAAAGUAUGGGUCUAGGGCACAUUGGCAUGAACAGGGCACUAUAAUAACAUUACAUAAUAGAGCAAUAAUAUUAAUUCACCGUAGCUGGAAUAGUAUAUAUUUUACCAAAUCCAUAUACCCUCUGAAUAAUUUAUUCUUCAUAUGAAUGUUACUAGUAAUAAAACAAAUUGAUCUGAGCAUUUGAUAGCAAGUUUGUUGGAACAUGGCACAACUAAUUUUAAAUUUCCUUGUCCUAUUUGACUAUGAGCAAACCUCCUUUACCAGUCGUUUUUCUGAAAUCACACCUUCAUUGUAUACUAUACAAAUGGUGUGUACCUGUCUUGAACUUUGUCUCCCUCUGUCGUUGCAACGUUUAAACCACCUUAACUAAGUCCACGUCCCCCAUCUUUACUGGAACAUUGGUUCUCCCCUGACUCUUUAUUUUGUAUUAUUGUAACUGAGAUUGUAUCCCAUGUUAUAAAAAUAAAAGCAUUUCUAUGUUCAUUUUUAAUUCAAUGUAAUAUUCAAGUUAUUUUAAUAACAAUUCAUUGUAUCAUUGUACCGGCCUGCAGACCACACACAGCUUGAUCCACCGAGGUCCACCAAGGGAUCGCGGAGUUUACCCGCCGGUGGGCCUUUCUCAAGACCCCCCCCUCCCUCUCGAUAGGAGCCGGUUCACUGCAUAGGUGGAUCCGGCUCAUAGGGGCAUGGAGGUUCACACCGGCCUUGUCAUGAUCAUCCUCCCCCCCAUCUAUUGGGGACAUGGAGGCAUGGCACAAACAGCCCAACAGGCCCCCCUCACCUCCCCAACAACCGGGGCACUAAAGGGGUUAAUCACCCAUCCAAAGUACUCUCUCUCAGGGUCGGCAGCUCCCUCCAAAGGCGCAGGUCUGCUGUCGGCCAGCAAGCACGAUCAAGUACAGCAUUGCAACCGCAACGCAGGCUGUACACUCAAACGUCAGUUAAACACACAUCACGCACAGUCAUUCAAAGUGGAAUUAACAAUAUGUGGCUGGUUUAUUAAAAAAUGAAUAGUAAAUAUGUGGCUGGUUCAUAAAUAAGAAUAAUAUGUGGCUGAUUUCAUAUAGGGUAUACAGGUAUUAUACAGGUAUGUCAUAUAUAUAUAUAUAUAUAUAUAUAUAGUUCAAGAUGGUGCAAAGCACAACGCCACCUGGUGGGCAUGCUGCACUUAGCCUACAAGUAACAUCAUACCAUAUUUAAAUGUCAAUUGUAGCCUAUUUUUGCUUAGAACUGGUAUGUGCAUUGGGUAUCAAGCACUAGUUUUCAAGUCUUACAUGGGAAACUCGGUAUUUGUCAUUUGAUCUCUGGAUCUGCUUACAGGAUUCAGAGACCUAGACAAAGUCAAGCGUAUUGUGUUUCCUUCCAUUGGUACGUGCACACUAUGUUACAAAUCAUACGUUUCGUUACUCAGAUACAUACGGCACCAAGUACACAAACACAUAAAGGUACGCUGGGUACAAACGGUACCGAGCAGACAUUUACUAUAUUACCAAGGUAAUAGGAGUAGGUGAUGUGUAGAGUCCCACAAGGGGAAGCCAACAUCAGGACAGUUCCACUGAAUAAGAAAUGAGGAAGGGAUGCCCUACAUUUAAUCAAUCUAAGGAUAAAAAGGGAUAUGCAAACAAAAUUAUAACUUGAAAAAAAGGGAGAUCUACUAAACAGUGCCCAGUGGAUCAAUUGUCUGGAGUACUAGCUAGCAUCUUUUUCUUUAAUCUCUGCACUUGGUAGCACUUUUUUAUUUUUGUUACCACCAUGGGUAUUGAUUUUUAGGUGUUUAUUUGUUUAUUUAUAACUUUAGUAGGGAGAGUUGGUUCUGGUAGACACUAGUGUCGAGGUAACUUUUAGGGUGAAUUGAGAGAUUUAUUUAAUUAUUUAUUUUGUGUGUGAGGCUUUUCAUCUGCGUUUAGACCUGACUACCUGGUCCCUUGUUCUCUGGGGACCCUGUGCCUUUUCUCUCUCCCUAACCUUGUUUACGCUACCUUCCUGUCAGUCGGACACUAGGGGAACUGGAACUUAGAUGCUAGCUAGUUCAUACCUUAAACACUGUUUUAAUAUAAAGAUUCAUUCCAUAGAGACGAGUGGGUAUGGCCACCGAGGUAUUUCUCCCAGGCACCUUAUGCCUUAGAGAUAGAGCUCCUGCAAGGCCAACAUCCAUCCUCCACGAAAGAGGUAAUAACGCCUAUGGGCCAAAUCAUAGCUAGACGCCUAGGGAUUCACUCAUCACACCCCCUCCACAGAUCUAAGACUCAUUCCUCGUAAGCCCACAUCCAGCAGAUCACCCCCUCGUGCCAACCAUAGAUAGAGCCGACCCAGCCACUUGGCAACUAGUAGGGACUCACCUGUCAUGUCACAAGGAGGUGACAUUUAUAUUCCAAAUACUCCAACUAGGACUGCCACCCCUACACAAAAAAAGGAGAUUCCGGCAGUCCAUCUUUAAUUAAAUUGUGGACCAUCACAUCACGGCCGAAUUACGCAGGGUUACAUACCCUUUACACCUACUGCCCGCAAAGCAUAACUAUUAAGGAUAAUGCAAGCCAAUACUAACAAAUCAGACACGGGGGAAAGCACAAGUGGCACGAGCAAUGCCUGUAUACCAGGAUCGCCUCUAUAGUAACAUCCAUGAGGCACAUGACCGAUAGACUAGAGAGACUGGAAGCCCGUAGCUGUCCAGUCGUGACAACAGUAACCACUCACAACUGAUUUUCCGGGCCCUCCCCAUUCCCAAUCCGGUAAUUCUAACACACCCAUCAUCUUAGGGCCUCAAGUCAUUACCCCAACCAUGUGGUACCAGCAAACCUCAAGAAGGAGAUCCUGGAGGGCAAGGACGUUAUCUCGUCUCACGUCUCAUUGCCGCCCAGGAUGUCACAGAGUACCGCUCAUACACCUAGGGCGAUAUCUCAGUGGUCCUUAAGGCCAAAGACACAAGACUGAGGAAAAAAAAAUUAUUCAUCAGUAUAGUUAUAACCUUCCUUGUCUUGUGUCAGUACAGACACUACUGCAUUCCACAGGUCUUAGCCUAUAUUCCUGGCGAUUGUGUCCUGUACGUCUACCCUCGGGUCAAUUGAACUCAGCAGGUAUAUAGUAUAUUUAGUCAUGGUAUUUCAGCACCUCUAUCAUGUUCCCCGGGUAGACCUUACAAUGAUCACGCUGAAAGUUGCUGUACGAUAUCAGUAUGACCAUAUUUCAUUAUAGUUACGCUGUCAUAACCAGUAACUUUCAACUGAUCUGCAACUUAAAAUAAACCACCAACCCCACUCUAUUAAAUUCCACUUACAUUACCUCCCAGUACCACAGGAACUACAUUGGGCCGCUCUCAACCUCUUAGGCAUUGUCCUCACAAAAGCCAUCUAUGGACCUUUGCAACAUAAUUCAGGUAACCUUAGUGGACAAAUACGUCUUAUUGGCAACCCCUCAUUUGGGCACUAAGUUCACAUAUCAGCUGGAUAGGAAUGUAUGCGUAAAGUGCAGCUAUCUCACAGCUUUCUACCGUAAAUAAACCACGCCUUAUAGUAUUAUACUUCUGCUAUAUCUUGCACUGUCCACAUAAGGCCACACAGUAGCUCUCCUCACUACCCUACCUACACAACAUACUCCUGGCCAAAUGCACAGAAUGUAAUAAUUCCCUCAUAACAGACGUUCUCCUUACCUCUCAUUGUACUACUUCAGUCUAGCAAAUUGUCAAUUUACGAUGCCCGCAACAUGCUACAUACAUUAUGAUAGAUACUGAAGUUAUCAUGUGGGUCAUUUAAGUUUCCCAGGGUCGACCUUAAUAGCCAGCCGCUGUUGGGCUUACAUAGUCAAUUCCAUACUGGACUAUUCCCACAUCACCACUGCGUAUUAGACCAGUUCAGAUACAUCCUGUUAUACUGUCCCGCUUUCCUGGCUAUUUGACUGCUCGGGCAACCAUGGUACAAAUGACCACAUUAGCCAUGCACGUGCAAUGCCUAUUGUACAGCCUUACCCAGCAUCUAGGCUGUUAAGUAAUUCCAGUUUACAGGGGCAACCAUGACCUUAUCAUACCAUGGCCAAUUGUAUUCACAACCACACUCUCUUGAUACGUUACAUAUGACCCACCAAAGGGCUAUUCACUAUAGCAUAAUGGCAGCCCCUCAUUUGGGCUAUUACAUACGGCAUAGGAAUUACAAUUUUGACAUAAGUUUGCAAUUUUGUCACAACCUACCACGGCAUGUCUCUACAUGUGGCCCUUACUAGGCCAUCACUCUCACGUUACAUAUGACCCACUGUGAGCAAUCCACUAUGACUCAAUUCUGGCCAACAGGGGGACAAUUACAUACGACCAAGGUCACGUUAGACCACUCAAAUCCUCCCUAUACGACCCUUUCUGGGCAUUUACAACUCCAGUCACAGACACUUACGUGAUCUGCAAAAUUAGUUCCCGCUGGUAAACUAGAAAUGUUCCACAUACUUCAUACAUAUUGCAGGUUCUUCUAGCGGAAGGACACCCAGCGGGAACUCACCUAGGCACAAUUAUGGCAAAGAAAGAGGAAUUAUAAAUGAGAGAGAAUUCAAAUAUAUAGGGGUGAGAUUCCCAAGAAUUCCGGUAUUUUAUCACCUACCUAAAAUACAUAAAAAAUUACAGAAUCCGCUUGGAAGACCCAUUAUUUCUGGGAUUGGAUCCCUUACAGCCAAUCUGUCAGAAUAUGUCGACCAGUAUCUGCAGAGUCUAGUUGUUUGCCUGAAAUCGUACCUGAAAGAUUCCACUCAGAUCAUUAAUCUACUUUCAGAUUUCAAAUGGGAAAAAGAUAUGAUCCUAGUUAUUUUACAUCGUUGUAUACCGUUAUCGAACAUCUGCAAGGCUGUGAAGCCAUUCAAUAUUCUCUGGCAACAUAUUCCGAAUUAAAGAAUGAUCAAAUAGAUUUCUUAGUGUCAUGCAUAGCAUUUAUCCUGACACACAACUACUUCUGGACCGAGGGUAACUACUAUUUACAAACAGAAGGCACCGCCAUGUGGACACGUUUUGCGCCAAGUUAUGCCAAUCUUUUUAUGGGCAAAUGGGAGGACGAGUUUAUAUGGGACCAUUGCCCUUUUGGCGCAAAACUGUCCCUAUGGCGGAGGUACAUCGAUGACUGCUUCUUCAUAUGGAAAGGGGACCUUGAAUCUUUGGAAGAAUUUAAAAUUUAUUUGAAUAAUAAUCCAUACCAUCUCAACUUCACCUUUGCCCAAUCUAGAGAAUAUGUGGAGUUCCUUGAUCUCAACAUAUACAUAGAGGAAGAGAAAUUACAAACUAAGACCUUUAAAAAGAAUGUUGAUUGCAACAGUUUCAUUCCUUACAAUAGCCAUCACAGACCCAUAUGGCUAAAAAAUAUUCCUCAAAAUCAAUUUAGAAGAAUCAGACGUAAUUGUUCAAAACUGGAAACGUGCAGAGAACAGAUGGAGGAGAUGAAAGAAAGAUUCAUUACGAAAGGAUACCCUACAGACCUAUUGGGAGAAGCUGUGGAGAAAACUCUUAAUAUACCACGAGAAGAAACAUUGUGUAAUAAGAUCAAGCUAGAUAAACCACACAACAAUACCCCAGCCUUCAUUAUGAAGUAUAGUAAUCAGUCACAGAUGAUACAAAGAAUACUUAGAAAACAUUGGGGCAUAUUGAAAAGUGAUCCCACUAUAUCACAAUUCAUGGAGGAUAAGCCAAAAAUGAUAUUCACGAGAACUCCUAAUAUCAAGCUGAUGCUGGCUCCUACUAUCAAAUCCGUAAACACAAAGAGAAUAUUAGGAAACCAAAAAUGCUUUACGAGAUGCCAGAAAUGUAUUGGAUGUAGGAAUAAUCCUAAAGCAGGAAUAAAGAAUACUGGAUUCAUCUCAUCCAAUGAUCAGAAAGAAUACAAAAUUAGGACAGACAUGAACUGUGACACUUUAGGAGUGAUAUACCUUAUCACAUGUCCAUGCCAAAAACAUUAUGUGUGACGGACUAAAAGACCUCUAAAAACUAGGAUUGCGGAGCAUAUCCGAAAUAUUAAGAAAGGCUUAUUAACUCAUAAUUUAUCAAAACAUUUUAAGGAGAUACAUAACGCAGAUCCAACAGGUUUGACCUUUAUGGCAAUAGAAAAAGUGAAUGUACACUGGAGAGGAGGUAGCAUAGACAUCAGCCUGGAUCAGGCCGAAACAAAAUGGAUAUUUUCCCUUAAUACUUUAGCUCCUUACGGUCUGAAUAUAGAUUUCGAAUUAAAUGCAUUUUUAUGAGAUUUUUAGGACUAUUUUUAAUCCAAUACUCUCUUAUAUUUUUAUAUGAUCUCCAUUUUUAGUAAACAGUCAUUAAUUUUUGCAAUUUUUAUAUUUAUAUUUGGUUAUCCAUUCCUCUUAACACUACAAAUAUUAAUUCUCUAAUUGACAGUAGAGCUUGUAUAGUGCAAUAUACUUGUUUUAUCUUCUUUUGCUCUACUCUCUUUUUAUUUUUUAUUAUUUUUUUUAUUUAUUAUUUAUUAUUUAUUAUUUUUUAUUUUUAUAUUUUUAUAUUUAUUAUUUUUAUUAUUAUUAUUUUUAUUUUUAUCUUUAUUUUUAUUUUAAUUUUUUUUAUUUUUAUUUUCCCUAUUUUGUAUUCUUUAUUCAGUUUUAUUCAUUUUUAUUUAUUUAUUUUAAUGUUUUUUCGAUUAUGGAUUUUUAUAUAAGAGUUUUUAUAGAAGUGCUUUCACAUACUUUUUGAUCUACAUUUUCUCAUCUCUGAUCUAUGUGCUAUAUCUUUGAUCUAUGUUUUUAUCCAUACUUUGGUAUUAUAAUAUAUAUGUUUACUUCUAUUUAUGUUCCCUUUCUUAUGCUCCCUUACUAAAUAUAUUUGCCCUUUUAGAACACAUAAUCCGUACAAAAUGUAGGAUCCACAUUUUUAUCUGGUGCUCACUAUAACUAAUACUGUUUAAAAACAGUUUUAAAUAGUUUAUGAUAUGGUCUGAUCUGUUCACUAAUACCUCUGUCUCGUUACAGGACUGAAUUAAAGUAAAUGAAGUUACUCUUGUUAUUUUCCCAAUAUAAGUGAUUAAACAUCUAGGGAUAGAUGGCAGCCCCUCAUUUGGGCUAUUACAUACGGCAUAGGAAUUACAAUUUUGACAUAAGUUUGCAAUUUUGUCACAACCUACCACGGCAUGCCUCUACAUGUGGCCCUUACUAGGCCAUCACUCUCACGUUACAUAUGACCCACUGUGAGCAAUCCACUAUGACUCAAUUCUGGCCAACAGGGGGACAAUUACAUACGACCAAGGUCACGUUAGACCACUCAAAUCCUCCCUAUACGACCCUUUCUGGGCAUUUACAACUCCAGUCACAGACACUUACGUGAUCUGCAAAAUUAGUUCCCGCUGGUAAACUAGAAAUGUUCCACAUACUUCAUACAUAUUGCAGGUUCUUCUAGCGGAAGGACACCCAGCGGGAACUCACCUAGGCACAAUUAUGGCAAAGAAAGAGGAAUUAUAAAUGAGAGAGAAUUCAAAUAUAUAGGGGUGAGAUUCCCAAGAAUUCCGGUAUUUUAUCACCUACCUAAAAUACAUAAAAAAUUACAGAAUCCGCUUGGAAGACCCAUUAUUUCUGGGAUUGGAUCCCUUACAGCCAAUCUGUCAGAAUAUGUCGACCAGUAUCUGCAGAGUCUAGUUGUUUGCCUGAAAUCGUACCUGAAAGAUUCCACUCAGAUCAUUAAUCUACUUUCAGAUUUCAAAUGGGAAAAAGAUAUGAUCCUAGUUAUUUUACAUCGUUGUAUACCGUUAUCGAACAUCUGCAAGGCUGUGAAGCCAUUCAAUAUUCUCUGGCAACAUAUUCCGAAUUAAAGAAUGAUCAAAUAGAUUUCUUAGUGUCAUGCAUAGCAUUUAUCCUGACACACAACUACUUCUGGACCGAGGGUAACUACUAUUUACAAACAGAAGGCACCGCCAUGUGGACACGUUUUGCGCCAAGUUAGCCAUUCUUUUUACGGGCAAAUGGGAGGACGAGUUUAUAUGGGACCAUUGCCCUUUUGGCGCAAAACUGUCCCUAUGGCGGAGGUACAUCGAUGACUGCUUCUUCAUAUGGAAAGGGGACCUUGAAUCUUUGGAAGAAUUUAAAAUUUAUUUGAAUAAUAAUCCAUACCAUCUCAACUUCACCUUUGCCCAAUCUAGAGAAUAUGUGGAGUUCCUUGAUCUCAACAUAUACAUAGAGGAAGAGAAAUUACAAACUAAGACCUUUAAAAAGAAUGUUGAUUGCAACAGUUUCAUUCCUUACAAUAGCCAUCACAGACCCAUAUGGCUAAAAAAUAUUCCUCAAAAUCAAUUUAGAAGAAUCAGACGUAAUUGUUCAAAACUGGAAACGUGCAGAGAACAGAUGGAGGAGAUGAAAGAAAGAUUCAUUACGAAAGGAUACCCUACAGACCUAUUGGGAGAAACUGUGGAGAAAACUCUUAAUAUACCACGAGAAGAAACAUUGUGUAAUAAGAUCAAGCUAGAUAAACCACACAACAAUACCCCAGCCUUCAUUAUGAAGUAUAGUAAUCAGUCACAGAUGAUACAAAGAAUACUUAGAAAACAUUGGGGCAUAUUGAAAAGUGAUCCCACUAUAUCACAAUUCAUGGAGGAUAAGCCAAAAAUGAUAUUCACGAGAACUCCUAAUAUCAAGCUGAUGCUGGCUCCUACUAUCAAAUCCGUAAACACAAAGAGAAUAUUAGGAAACCAAAAAUGCUUUACGAGAUGCCAGAAAUGUAUUGGAUGUAGGAAUAAUCCUAAAGCAGGAAUAAAGAAUACUGGAUUCAUCUCAUCCAAUGAUCAGAAAGAAUACAAAAUUAGGACAGACAUGAACUGUGACACUUUAGGAGUGAUAUACCUUAUCACAUGUCCAUGCCAAAAACAUUAUGUGUGACGGACUAAAAGACCUCUAAAAACUAGGAUUGCGGAGCAUAUCCGAAAUAUUAAGAAAGGCUUAUUAACUCAUAAUUUAUCAAAACAUUUUAAGGAGAUACAUAACGCAGAUCCAACAGGUUUGACCUUUAUGGCAAUAGAAAAAGUGAAUGUACACUGGAGAGGAGGUAGCAUAGACAUCAGCCUGGAUCAGGCCGAAACAAAAUGGAUAUUUUCCCUUAAUACUUUAGCUCCUUACGGUCUGAAUAUAGAUUUCGAAUUAAAUGCAUUUUUAUGAGAUUUUUAGGACUAUUUUUAAUCCAAUACUCUCUUAUAUUUUUAUAUGAUCUCCAUUUUUAGUAAACAGUCAUUAAUUUUUGCAAUUUUUAUAUUUAUAUUUGGUUAUCCAUUCCUCUUAACACUACAAAUAUUAAUUCUCUAAUUGACAGUAGAGCUUGUAUAGUGCAAUAUACUUGUUUUAUCUUCUUUUGCUCUACUCUCUUUUUAUUUUUUAUUAUUUUUUUAUUUAUUAUUUAUUAUUUAUUAUUUUUUAUUUUUAUAUUUUUAUAUUUAUUAUUUUUAUUAUUAUUAUUUUUAUUUUUAUCUUUAUUUUUAUUUUAAUUUUUUUUAUUUUUAUUUUCCCUAUUUUGUAUUCUUUAUUCAGUUUUAUUCAUUUUUAUUUAUUUAUUUUAAUGUUUUUUCGAUUAUGGAUUUUUAUAUAAGAGUUUUUAUAGAAGUGCUUUCACAUACUUUUUGAUCUACAUUUUCUCAUCUCUGAUCUAUGUGCUAUAUCUCUGAUCUAUGUUUUUAUCCAUACUUUGGUAUUAUAAUAUAUAUGUUUACUUCUAUUUAUGUUCCCUUUCUUAUGCUCCCUUACUAAAUAUAUUUGCCCUUUUAGAACACAUAAUCCGUACAAAAUGUAGGAUCCACAUUUUUAUCUGGUGCUCACUAUAACUAAUACUGUUUAAAAACAGUUUUAAAUAGUUUAUGAUAUGGUCUGAUCUGUUCACUAAUACCUCUGUCUCGUUACAGGACUGAAUUAAAGUAAAUGAAGUUACUCUUGUUAUUUUCCCAAUAUAAGUGAUUAAACAUCUAGGGAACGAAAGCUCUCGUAUAUAAUGUCUGUAACAGUCAAAUUGUAUACAAAUGUUACUUUGUUCUUCGAAUGUGAUAGGGAUACAAUGUUUAGACUAUCCUGAACUGUGUGCGAUAUUUUUCAGGAGGUGACUGAAAAGAAUAUAUGAAAUAACAAUAAUAGUUCUAUCGAAAUUGAAUUAAGAAGUAAUGAAUUAAUGAAACCUGACUAGGACUAAACUUUAGUGUUGCAAUUAGUUAUAUAAAGAGUCCAAACAAAACCCAUGCUACUUGUUGUUAUUACUACUAACCAAUAUCAAUUUUAUGUAAUGUUUACUGUAUUAAUAGUUCAGAAUGAUAUUUGAUGAAUAUGAAUUUUAUUUACGCGUAUAUACAUUUAUUUCCAUCUUUAUGUGACAUAUACAAUUCAACUCUAAUCACUGUAAUAUAUUUAGAAAGUGACCAAAUGUAUUGCAAUGUAUUUAUUAAUUAAUCAAUUAUCACCGGAGAGGUUUAUAAGCACUCCCAUAGGGAGUUGAAUCCAGAUGUCUCUGAGGAAGUAGGGCUAUUCCCUACGAAACGCGUCAGACAAGUUCAAGAACGUUCACACAGCAAUAGAAGGAAGAGGUUCUAGCACAACAGUCCGGCGAUCAGCUUGAAGCACAGUCUUCUCAACGGCACGAUCUGAUGAGCAGUGCAAUUCCCCCCGAAGUGAGGCUCGAGGUGGAACGCACUGUGACAAGCAAACCGGCCUCAUCGGCUACCAGCAUUCAGAUACUGUAUCAGAAAUAACCAUCCAGAUCCAUCCGUACCGGCAUCUAAGGUUUUUGUGCAAUAUUUACCUUUUACCAUCUAUUGCUUCAUAUGUGAACUUAUUUUUAUUAUUAGUUUAGCAUAUUUUUGUAUUUUUCAAUAAAAUUGACCUUGUUUUUUGUAGCUACUCUCCAGCUAUAUACUUUUUUCACAUUGCUUUUUUCAGCAGCCAGUUCUAUAUACUGGUGUUUGCUUAACAUAAUUUAUUAUAAUGUGCAUGAUGGCAGUUUAUAUAUCCUGAGAGGAUUAUGCCAAUUUAUCUUUCAAGCCUAUAUUGUGUAUGGAAGUAAAGUAUUAGGCAGUGGUUAUCUUUAUCCAGAGGUUCUGUCAUUCUGGAUUGAUAACCUUGCCAUACAUUUUAUUUAUCUAUUCUGGUAUCAUAUAUAUUUUUUUGAUGCUUAUUUAGAAGCUCCUGGAUUCCUGUUGCUGCUUUUUUAGUGGAAUACACUUUUAACAUUGUUUUAAUAGGUUUUUGGUGGAUCCCUAUUUCUAUCUGGUUUAAGAGCUUUGCAUGUUAGGUCUUUUUUUCCCUCUAUUUCUCUGUAUAUAUUUUUUUACAUGAGAAUCACCUUUACUUACAAUAUAUUUAGGUGUCUCUUCCCUAUACAUAUAUAUGUCUUUACAUAUGUAGUCAUCCCGAUGCAGCAGCUCACACAGGGCUUGCUGCAAUCUCAGGGGACAGUUGGCUAUGGGUAGGUGGCCGGGAAAGUAAGUAAGAUCGAAGGGUUCCUUAAGAACCCAGCACGCUUCAAGGUAUAUCCAUCAUAGCCGCAGCAGCAACAUGGGGUCAUUCAUGGGCAAGCAGACCGGCUCAAGGUCUCUGACAAUUUGUCAAUUGGCCAUGUCAUAAACAAGUCCGGUCUUGUAUCCCUUAUUAUGAAUUCAUCAGACGACUAACGUAGGGGAAGCCUGUCACCAAAUUUUUUAUCUGGUAUAUUACCACAUACCAGACAUUUACAAUACAGCUGCUGACCAGUUAUCUAGUCAUCAGUUUCAGGCGUUCAGGAGGUCCCUAACAACUGCCUCACCGAUAGCCACGAUCGCUCCCCAGCUCCAAGAAAUACCUAUGGAAUAGAAGAGUGACUAAGUCACAGCAGGAAUUCACACAGUUGGCCCUGAAGAAUAUGCACACUGCUAUGAUAGAGCUUACUGCAUAUACCGAAGUUCAUGUCAGAUCACCACCUUACAAACUGGUUCAAGAAUACAACAUUGGGGGCUUUUGCCACUUUUUUGCCACAUCAAAAACAAUGCCCCACAACAAUAUUAAGUUAUAUCUCCCGGGCAUUCAACACCACAUAUUCUCAGUUACAAACACCAUUCUCAAACCGCCAUAUACUUGGCUUUUAUGGUUUCCUACGACCCAGAGAAUUUACCAUCACAGGGCAACAUGAUUCCAAGCUUUGCCUACGGUAUUCUAACCUGUACAGGAUCAAUACGUAUUAAAAUUACUAUCAACUAAGACCAGCCAGAGGGGUCAUGAGGUACUUAUUCAGUACUACCCCACCAACAACGCAUACCUCAGCCGACACAGGAAUUAAAGAAUGCAUUUGUGAAAGGUCAUCGUUAAAUGCUAACUCCAUGUCUUGUGUUUUCGUAAUAAUAUCUUUGAUAAAUACUAUAUGGGUAUUCCUUUUUGCCCACUUAUUUACAGGCCUACCACACACGUCGGUUUCGGCAAACCUCUACCGACUUUUUAUUAUUGUUGAUAAGUAUACUCACUAGCUAUUUCAUACUAUACUGAAAUGGCCCCGAACACAACUAACAUUUAUAUCUUCUUAUAGGUGCAUUAUUAGAUCAUAAUUUCUCCUAAAAUGAUCGCAUAGACGAAAUUCAUCUGAACUGAAACAUCAUAUGUUUGUCAGUUCUUUAGGAUGAAUCGAUUCGGAAGAACCGAAUAUGCAGUGCAUAAGUCUAAUAUAUAACAUAUUUUUAGCUUGUGGCGAAACCAGCCUCGCCACUGUCCACUGGAGGAGCCUGGUUGCUCGCCUGCUCCCUUUAGACUAUGGCCCAGCAGUUAAAACCUUUUAUUUUCCCUGCAGAAAAGCGUAUUCGUGCCUUUUUGCAGACUGUUAAAGCCAUGCUACUCCAGAUAGCUAUGCCAUGGAGCCCAGCCAUUUACUGAAAGACUGUAUGAAAGACUUUGGCUCCAUGGCGAUUGAACUGUAUGUACGUGAUCUGAGUGCCAUCCGGUAAUAAUGUGUGCUCAGAUCUAAGCUAUCUGGGGAUAGGUAGAAUGUGUAUGAUCUAUGUGAUAAAUGUAACAGUAUGUAAUUUUAUGUCUUUUAUUGUCCUUUGUCUGCCAUGUGGCUAAUGGAGUUUUGCCUCUGUCCUUGGAGAUAAUUUGAUUACUUCCCAAUUAUCUCCAUGACAGAGAGGAGGGAUUGUGAUGCAUUGUGGGAGUGUUUAAAGGUGUAUGUCUGUGAUUGGUCAAUGUCCAAUGUUUCCCAGUUUCCCAUCUUGUCCCUUAGGGGAGUGUCCACCAGGUGCGAGACCUGCAUAAAAGCCGGGCAGGUAGCCCCAGUAAAUCAGUUCCUGCUUGACCCUCAAAACGAAGUGUCAUCUCGUUAUUGGGGGAAUUGGAUUGUAUGCUGAUUGCCAGGAGUGUAAGCUGAUUGUAUGCUUUUCCUGUUCGGCUGUUUCCAGUAUUCGUGUGUUUCCUGUUCGGGAGUUGGUGAAUUCGUGUAGUUUGCGGUUAGGGAGAUUGGUGCUUACAGUAGCUGUCGGUGCAUCUGGAAAGGGGAAUAUUGCCUAAAUAGUUAUUAACCUCUUAUGUGUAAAACCUCUUACAUAGCUUUUCAGUAUGUGUUUCUCUUUAUUUCCAGGAGGCACUUGUAUUGGCUAUGGAGAUCCUCAUUACUUUACGUUUGAUAACUAUCCUCAUACCUUCAUGGGAAACUGCACAUACACCCUCACAAAGCUGUGCGAACAGAACAGCACUCUGACAUAUUUCAAUGUGGAAGUUGCACAUGAGUACAGGGGGGAGAACACCCUUGUAUCUUAUGUCAAGCAAGUAACAGUAUAUGUUCAUAAUUAUGCUAUAAGCCUGGAAAAGGAUAGGCUUGUAAAGGUAAGCAGAAAAAAAAAGAAACAAUGGAAAUUUAAUAUUAAUAGCUUAAAACAGCAAGACGGCUCACGUGUUUAAAUAUUUUGUCCAUUCUCACCAAUACCGAUUUAUUUCCAAUCCCAACUCCAGAGAAGAGAAAUUAAAAGGGACACUAUAAAAUUGGUGUACUGAAACAUUUAUAAGCAAUCAUUCAUCAUACUUUUUUAUUAUAUAAUUAUAUAUAACAAAUUAUCUAAUCAUUCACAUACUGCAAAAUAAUAUUAGAACACAUACAAAAAUGUCUAUAUGGCAAUAAUACAAUGACACAUAAAAAAAAAACAUUACCCAGUAUUCCAGUAAAUAAAACUUCUCUGUGUGCUGGUGUCAGUUAGUACAAUAUCUCACUCGUUCUGUAGUUCAUCCUGAGUUUGUAUAGUCCAACCACAGACUGCAAAGCUCAACAGACAAUGUUUUUAAAUGUUAUUCAUAUUAUAUUAUGUUUCAUGUAUGAAUAGUUGAUGUAAAGUGAAAGCCCUGUUUCUCUUGAACAAAAUGAUCUAUAAUAUGUGUAAGUGCACUUAAUAUAAAAAAGAGAUUUAUUAUUAUUAACAGACUUAUAACUGCAGUUUCAUGUCUUGUUUUGAUUAGAACUUGUAAGGGAUUAAAAGUUGUAAAUGUUUAUUUUUAUCCAAAAAUGUAGUUACAGUAGAAUAGUAGAACAAUAUUUUGUUUUAUAGCACAUUACUUUGAAUAGAAUUUUGCUCUAUGCUUAUGUGCUAAAAUAUACAUAAUGUUAAUCUGAUGAAUACUAAAUUCUAAAACUCCUCAAAAUUAUGGCCAUUGAAUACAUCAGAUUAAUGAAUUUGUAAACCACUGUGCAAUUUCUUUGUAAAGGUGCAAUUUGAUUAUUUUUGUAUAUGGUUGACUUUUAUCAUUACAUCAGGAUAAAUAAUUUAAAGUUGCUUAUGCACAAAUCAUUUGUAGUUCUACUUAGAAAAAUAUUUACAGCUAUUAAAUAAAUUUGAUUUAAUUGAUCAAUUACUAAUUUCUAAAAAUCAAAAAAUCCCAGGUAAAUGGACAGAUCCAGCCUCUUCCCCUGAACUUGUCUCCAGGUGUGUCUAUUGAUUUGAGUGGUCAGUAUGUUGCUGUCACAGUUAAUGCUGGGUUAAGAGUGAAAUAUGAUGGAGACCACCGAGUCGAAGUAACACUUUCUAAAGUGUAUGAGAGAAAAGUAUGUGGAAUAUGUGGCAAUUUCAACAAUGAUCGUCGAGAUGAUACUGUCAAUCUUGCUGGGCAAAAAGAAGACAAUUCUAUCAGUUAUGGCAAUGGCUGGCAAGUACCUAGUGAUACUCAGUAAGUAAAUUGUAUUGCUUCUAAAUCUGGUCUUUCUUGUCAUAUGCAAUAACUUCUAGCACCAUUAUACUUUGCAUUACUCUUUGUAUAGAUUACAGACCGACUGAACAAUCUUUUUUUAGUCUUUUUUUCUUUCAUGAACUUUGCAUGUCUGGCAUCCUUCACACACCAUUAGUGUGUUUAAUGCGGAAUGAUAGGAAUUUGCUUCCUUUAUUUACCCCCAUCUUUGCUGAGUUGCAUCAUUUCCAGCACGCAAGAGUGAUGUUGCUUGUGAUGUCAAUCUCAAAUCUAGGGGUUUGCUUACAUGAGGCUCAUUCCUCUAUUUUUGCAUUGCUAGUCCAUGGUCCUUGCCUGGUUCUAGGUGUUUGUGAUAUUGUUGCUUCUGUUCUUGAUUUACUGUGUUUGACCUGGUUUAUUUUUCAUUUCUCUUUGUUUGUUCUGACUAGUUUGACUAAGUUGUCCUCUGGUACCAUGACCUUGACUUGUAUCCUGCUUUCCUCAGUUAGAGUACACCUUGCAGUGUCUUUCUACAAGUUUUGUCAUGACCUGUCUUUCAUAAAACCAUGUUGACUCCUGCUAGAUAUAUUUUUGUUCAAAAUUAAUUCCCCUUAAAGGAAUUCUAUAGUGUUAGGUAUACAAAUUUGUAUUCCUAACACUACAGUUCCCUCUGGUCUCCCCUCCCUCCAGGCUCCCUCAGUAGCACAUAAAGGGUUAAACAAAACAGGCCAAAAAAACUUUAUUUACUCACUUGAUUUGACUGGUGAUGUCCCUCAGCAUUGAGUUAUGCUCCCCCUCCUCCGACAUCUUCCAAUGGGGAGACCUAAUGCACAUGUGUGGUGAGUGCUGCAAGUGCAUUAGACCCUCCCCAUAAGAAAUCAUUGCCUCAUGAAGUGGUCUGGGUGACUAUAGUAUCCCUUCAACAGUCCUUCAAAUAUUUUCCCAACCACACAUGUUAAAAUCGCAUCUAUAGUAUCCAGGUUGAACUUUUGAAGCCUUUUUAAAUAUAGGAGACACAUCUGCUUUUCUCCAGUCCUUUGGUACAAUUCCUGAAAAAAAAGAAUCCUGAAAAAUUAAAAAGAGUUGUAUGGAUAUGUCUGCACUAAGCUCCCUAAGCACACGUGAGUGAAUACCAUCUGUGCCUGGGCUUUGUUUACAUUAUCUUUUUUAAUUUCUGAAGCACUUUAUGCUGUGUUAAAAAAAUCACCUGUUUGCUGUAAUGCUUUUGUAAUAAGGAUUUGCAAAUCUACAGCCAUAUAUUCUUCUUCCCUAUAUACUGAAGAAAACUAAUUAUUUAGAAUUUCUGUCUUGUCUUGAUCUUCCUUGAUUAACUCACCCAUCUAACUUUCCAAUUGACCAACUCUUUUACUCUUAACCUUUUUGGCAUUAAUGUACUUAAAAAAAGACAUGUUGGAGUUAGUCUUGAGUUGGUUAGGGAUUCUAUCCUCUGAUUUCCUGACACUAUUCAUUGUCAAUCUGUAUGACUUUGUACUCCAUGCUGUUAAAUCAUUGUUUCUACCUGACACAUACAAAAUCGUGUCUGGUGCGAUAAGUGCAUAAGGAUAAAAGUCUAGUGGACUGCCUCAAUGAAUAUUUUUGUUCAGUAUUUACAGAUGAAAAUGAAGUAAGGGGACCUCAGCUAGGAAAAAGGACAAAUAAGUCAUUUGUUACAUGUGAGUUUACAAAGGAAGAGGUUCUAUUUCAACUGUCAAAAGUAAAUACAAACAAGUCAAUGGGGCCUGAUGGAAUACACCCAAAGUUAUUGAUAGAGCUUAGUGGUGUACUAGCAAAACCAUUAACAGAUUUAUUUAACCAAUCAUUGUUAACAGGAGUAGUCCCAAAUUGGAUGUUAGCGAAUGUUGGGAAGAGUUGGGAAACUAUAGGCCAGUAAGACUUACUUAGUGGGGAAAGUAAUAGAAAUCAUGUUAAAGGAUAGGAUUGUUCAAUAUAUAAAAUCACAUGGAUUUCAAGAUCAGAGAUAAUAUGGGUUUACUUCAGGGAGAUCAUGCCAAACUAAUCAUAUUGAUUUUUUUGAUUGGGUAACUAAAAUAAUAGAUCAGGGUGGUGCAGUAGACAUUGCUUAUCUAGAUUUCAGUAAGGCUUUUGACACUUUCACAUAGAAGGCUUAUCAAUAAACUGCAAUCUUUAAGUUUGGAUUCCAAUAUUGGUGAAUAGGUAAGGCAGUGGCUGAGUAACAGGCAACAGAAGGUUGUAGCCAAUGAAGUAUGUUCAAAGCUUGGGCUUGUCACCAGUGCUUGUCACCUCAGGGAUCUAUACUUGGAUAAAUUCUCUUUAAUAUUUUUAUUAGUGAUAUUGCAGAAGGUCUUGAUGGUAAUAUAUGUAUUUUAGCUGAUGGUAUGUAAGGUAUGUAACAGGGUUGAUGUUCCAGAAGGGAUCAGCCAAAUGGCAAAUGAUUUAGGUAAACUAGAAAAAUGGUCAGAGUUGUGGCAGAUGAUAUUUAAUAAGGAUAAGUGCAUCUUGGACGUAAAAACCCAAGGGCAGAGUACAGAAUAUUUGAGUCCCACCUCAACAUCUGAGGAAAGGGAUUUACGGGUAAUUAUUUCAGAUGACUUAAAGGUAGGCAGACAAUGUAAUAGAGCAGCAGGAAAUGCCAGCAGAAUGUUUGGUUGUAUAGUGAGAGGUAUUAGCAGUAGAAAGAGGGAAGUGCUCAUGCCAUUGUACAAAACACUGGUGAGACCUCACUCGGAGUAUUGUACGCAGUAUUGGAGACCGUAUGUCCAGAAGGAUAUUGAUACUUAAGCGAGAGUUCAGAGAAGGGCUACUAAACUGGUUUAUGGAUUGCAGGAUAAAACUUACAAGGAAUGAUUAAAGGAUCUUAACAUGUAUAGCUUGCAGGAAAGACAAGAGAGGGGGAGAUAUGAUAGAAACAUUUAAAUACAUAAAUAGAAUCAACACAGUAAAAGAGGAGACUAUAUUUAAAAGAAGAAAAACUACCACAAGAGGACACAGUCUUAAAUUAGAGGAGCAAACGUUUUAAAAUAUCAGGAAGUAUUACUUUACUGAGUGGUUAGUGGAUGCAUGGAAUAGCCUUCCAGCUGAAGUGGUAGAGGUUAACACAGUGAAGGAGUUUAAGCAUGCGUGGGAUAGGCAUCUGAUUGUCUCAUUUUAUGGAAUAUUAAAUUAUAGAUCGUUAUGUUACUAUAUAAUUGGUUACUAUACCUUUAAGAUCCUGAUACUUUGUUUGAGCAGACCCCAUGUCUUGUUUUUUUAUAUGUUACUUAUACAUAUGUUUUAACAUGUGAACUUAUUUUUUGGUGAGGUGGUGAACCCAUGAAUAAACUUACCUUCAUUAUCCUGGAGUGCUGCCCGUGUUCCUCUUCUUUUAAUAUUGCAUUGGUGGAUUCAGCGGUGUCCAUCCUUUACCAGGGGUGGGCAAUCUUCGGCCCUCCAGAUGUUAUGGGCUACAUCUCCCUUGAUGCUUUGCUAGCAUUAUGGCCCUAAGAGAAUUAUGGGGGAUGUAGUCCAAAAGAUUGCCCACCCCUGAUUUACACUGAGCGCCUCCUUGGUGGAAGGUCGGAGCAUUAAUGCGGAACUCGAGUACAGGGUAUACUGUUUCUGUCUGGUUUUUAUCUCCCGUCACAUUCUAUGUUUCUAUGUUUGGAAUACAUCUUUUAUCUUUUAACUGAAUCAAGUGGUCUCUCUAAUAGAUUACAGAUUUGAAGAUUACAGAGGUAUUUUAUAACUAUUUUAUCAAAAUCAUGUUUGUGUGCAAAUCACUACUGAAUCUCAUGUUUCUUUUUACUCUUUAAAGCUGCUCAUUAGACUCUGACCAAAAAUUUGAUUGCUCUGAUGAUGUAAGACGCAAAAUUGAGAGCUAUGAAUCCUGUGGCAUAAUGCUUCCGUUUGAUGGUAUAUUCCAACGCUGCCAUCUAAUAGUAGAUCCAAGGGAGUACUUUGUAAACUGUUACUAUGACAUGUGUGCACUACAACUAGACCCACAUACACUCUGUAUCCACAUCCAAUCUUAUGCAGAUGCUUGCCAGGAGGCAGGAGCCAUUGUGCUCCCCUGGAGAAAGGAAACUUUCUGUCGUAAGUAUGAUCUUAAAGACUAACAAUUAAGUGAAGCAUCAAUACUUAAACUAAUAAAGCCAUAAAACACCUGGUCUAUGCUACAAUCAGCAGUUUAAUUAAUUAAGGUCUAACUGACAAUUCAUAAUCAAUUUAAGCUACUAAAAAGUCAACAAUAUUAUGCAAUUUAUAUAAUUUCCCUUUGACUGACAUUAACAAUUAUUUUUUCUUUAGCAAAUAUGUCACAUUUUCUAAUAUAACAUAUCACCUAAACUAUACUAUAUGUUUUACCCAAUUAAGGAUCAGUGAGGCCCUGUUUCAUCAUAACACUUUAAAGGGACACUGUAGUCACCUAAACAUCUUUAGCUUAAUGAAGCAGUUUUAGUCUAUAGAUCAUGACUCUCAGGUUUCCCUGCUCAAUUCACUGCCAUUUAGGAGUUACCCAGGAAAAAUAGGAAGAAAUGGGAUCUGUGUGAAAAUGGGUGUAAAAGGGAAUAAACACCACAUCCACACUGAUCCCAUGCACCAGGAGGGCACUCCUCUAGGUUACUGUCUAGAGGAUUAGCAGCACUAAUAAUCAAAAGUAGGACAGGUGCAAAUUAAAAUUGACCCAUAGGUCACAGUAACCUUUCUCCCUUUAGCAUUUUUACCGGUGCUCAGGAAUUAAGGGGAGAUCUACUAACACUCUAUGCAUUAAAAGGUCAGGACUCAUUAAGCCAGUAUAUUGCAGACUUGGGCGUUUAGCACUUCAUCUCCUCACUUACUUAGGCAUGGGAGUUUGUUAUGAUUUACAAUUUUUCUUCUAUGCCUAUCUGGUAAGUCCCACAAGGAGAGAGGCUUUCUUUAUUUUAUUUUACUUUAUCCAUCUGUCUACUUUGAUUAUUAGGGCUGCCAAUCUUUUAGACAGUGACCUUUCUCCCUUUGGCACUUUUUCUGGUGCUUCGGUACUAAGUGGAGAUUUACUAACACCCUAUGCAUUAAAGGGCCAGGACUAAUAAAGACUAUAUGUAUAUUGCAGAAUAGAGAUGUCGCGAACCGUCCGAAGCUGCCUUCAACAUGGAUGCUGUCCAGGAAGUAGGAGGGUCUGGGAGGGAGGGUCUGCUGGAGAUUGGCCGGGAUGUGUCAGCUGACUGGAGUUCGCCGCGAACGGUUCGUGGCGAACCGCGGCGAACCGUUCGCGAGAAGUUCGCGGACGGUUCGCGACAUAUCUAUUGCAGAAUUAGGUGUUUAGUAACUUUAUCUCCUCUCUUACUUAGGCAUGGGAGUAGCCUUAUGAGGCUAGUUUGGUAUUUAUUAUUAUUUGGAGUUAGUUUAUUUUUGUGUUGCUACUUUCUGUUACUUCAGAUAUUUAGUGGUCUCCCUCUGGUUAUAUUAUUCCAUACCACUGGAUGCUUUGGUGCCUACAUCUUUAUCUCCAGCCAGCAUUAUAUUCAGUUUGUGAAUUUUUGCUUUUUUGUUUCUGCAUUUAGGAGUUAACCCCUUCAGGAUGAAGUGAAUAAUACAAAACAAAAUGUAAACAAAAACUGAAAUUUGCACUAUAUGUCUGUCCAACCGUAAUUCACCUCUUUCAUGUUAAGUGCACCCACACUUAUUAUAUAUCAUUUUGUUCAGGAGAGACAGGGCUUUCAUUUCUCAAGAACUAUUCAUAUAUGAAACAUAAUUUAUUAUGCAUAAAAUUUUAAAAAACUGUGAGAAAUUAAGAAUUUUUUAAAACAUGUGUAGUUCCGUCUGACAUUUUAGCUGUAAAUGUAAUAAUACUGUUAGUUUUUAGUGCACUAAAAUGGACAUAUUUGUAUUUAGCAAAGUCUCACAAGUGCAACAGUACCCCCCAUUAACAGGUUUUACGGUGUUAUGGAAAGUUACAGGGUCAAAUAUAGCACAUUCCAUUUUUCAGUUUUUUCACGUUGAAAUUUGCCAGAUUAGAUUAUUACAUUUGAGAUCAUAUGGCAGCCCAAGAAUGAGAAUUACCCCCAUGAUGGCAAACCAUUUGCAAAAGUAGACAACCCAAGGUAUUGCAAGUGGGGUAUGUCCAGUCUUUUUUUAGUAGCCACUAAGUCACAAACAUUGGCCAAAUUUAACAUUCAUAUUUGUUUUUGUGUGAAAAAAAGCAAAAAACUAAUAUUUGGCCAGUGUUUGUGACUAAGUGGUUGUCCUGAUGAAAGUUCCUGAAUGGAACUGAAACUUUGACUGUUACACUUUUUAGUAAAAGAAGUUCCUAAGAAAGCUACCUGGGAGUGCUGAUUUUUUCUUUCAUACAUUUAGUGCAAUCAAGCACCGGGUCAAAUAAGGCUUUUUUUCAAUAUAUAUAUAUAUAUAUAAACAUAUAUAUAUAUAUAUAUAUAUAUAUAUAUAUAAACAAUUUUCGUCCCUGCACACAAGCUGAAAUAUUAUAAAUUGCCGGGUGCCAGCCAGGGCUCAAGCAUAUUCAAAUAGCAACAGAUAUUAGCUGCACUCACGGUCUGUGAUAAAAUCUUCAAUUCUUUAUUGGAUUCGUUUUAAAAAUUAGAUCGAUGUUUCAGUCCUCCUUGUGGACCUUCUUCAGGAUCAAACAUGGAAUUCUAGUAUAACAGUUGUCAAAUAGAUACAUACAUAAUUACAAACAUAAUUGAAUGUAGGUGCAUAUUUGCUUACCCCAGGUGUUGUUUGUUGCCUUCGGUGUUCUCCAGAGUCCCAGGAGCAUGCAUGUGGUGACUCCACCCCCUCGAGUGACAUAAUGCCGUAUCGGCAUGAUGACGGUCGGCUCGUCUCCACAGCAACGAUGUUAAACAAACAGACGAUGCUCGUGGAAACUGUCGAUCAUAUAACAGUGAAUUAAGAGUACUGUACAAAUCCAGUACAUAUACUGAUGAUUAAUAUAAGAUUCGGUGAAAUAAUAAAAGGAUGAAUAAAGUGCUUAAGUAUUAUAAUAAUGCUAUCAUUAGAUCGCCAUUCUAAAUUGAAUAUUACCAAUAUAUAAAGUGACAUUGCUUAUAAUGUCAAGUGCACUGAGUGCUCAUAGUACCAAUAAUAAAAUUGCAUUGAACAGGUGUAAAGUGCUUAAAAUAUGAACCAUAAAGUGGCAAAUAGUACAGGAGAAAACUCCUAAUGUGAAAAAUGCUUCUUGUGUCCCCUUCCAUAGGAUCAGAAGAUCAUAAAUGUAGCGGAAAUACUCUACAGCCCACCCUAGGGUUUUACAGGAUUCCCUUGCAAAAGCGCAAUACAUGCGUGUCAUCAGAAAUAAUUCCAAUGAUGGAAUCAGAGAAGUCCAACUACCGGAAAUGACUUUAAAGUUCUUAGAAUGAGGCUACAAGAAAUAUGUCCUACAGAAAGCACUUAAAGAAGCACAGAGUGUCAGCUUUUGUCGCAAGGAAGUAAGCCCGUCAAGACUAGUGUUUCCCAUGGAAUUUCAUCAAAAGAGCCCACAAAUAGCCAAUACAAUACGACGGAAUUGGCGGAUGAUCUCAAAUGAUGACACGCUGCCAAAAGUUUUUAAAGAAAAAACUCUUCUUUGCUACAGAAGGAACAGGAACCUUAAAGACCUGCUGGUUCAUACAGAUUCUAUUAAAAGCUAUACACAAGCCAAUAGUGUCCAAAACCGAAGUUCAGUAUGAUGCGUAGGCUGUGUUACGUGAAGCCACAUGUUACCAGCACGUAUAUUUAACCAUCCUCAUACUAAUAAAAAAUACGAGAUCAAACACACUAUUACCUGUAAAACAUCCCACGUUGUUUACAAGUUGACCUGUCCCUGUGGUCUCUCCUACAUCAGAAAAACCGAGACGGCCUUAUGUGAACGGAUAAGAGGACACAGGUCCAGCAUCAAAUUAGCCUACAGAGAUGGAAAGUCAGACAAACCCGUGGCAAAACAUUUUUACAACUGGACCAUGCCUUAUCAACCUUGAAAUUUAUAGGCAUUGAUUAUGUGCCAUUGCCAGCGAGAGGUGGUGACCAAGGCAAAAUGUUACUAAACUGUGAGGCCUAUUGGAUCCAUGAACUAGGCACUUUAUUCCCAAAGGGACUUAAUGAAACUAUCCCUUUCUAUUUGUUUCUGUGAACUAGGGUGAAAGGACAUUCGUUUAUGAUGCACUAAUCUUGCUUGCAACUUGAACUUUUGUUUUUAAGAUAGAAGUAUACUACCUAGUCACAGUGGGGAUUAUCAAUAGGCAUGUUUAUAAAUGUAUUAAAACAAAGCCAGUAUGUACUCCACUACUUAAGCAUUUCCCCUGUCGCAAUUGGAAUAAACAAAGGGUUGCUGCAAUAGAAGUAAUAGCUAUAAUUUAUAUACAGCACUAGUAGACAGGGUAGUACUCUCUUCUUAAGAGAAUAAUCAUUAUUUUUAACAGAUGUUAUAAAUAAUGUAAUCUUAAUUUUAAUUUCAAAAAGGAUCUGUAUCAAAUUAGCACUUGGCACUUUUUUCACAUUAGGAGUUUUCUCCUGUACUAUUUGGCACUUUAUGGUUCAUAUUUUAAGCACUUUACACCUGUUCAAUUCACUUUUAUUAUUGGUACUAUGAGCACUCAAUGCGCUUGACAUUAUAAGCAAUGUCACUUUAAAUAUUGGUAAUAUUCACUUUAGAAUGGCGAUCUAAUGAUUGCAUUACUAUAAUAUUUAAGCACUUUAUUCAUCCUUUUAUUCUUUCACCGAAUGUUAUAUUAAUCAUCAGUAUAUUUACUGGAUUUGUACAGUACUCUUAAUUCACUGUUAUAUGAUCGACAGUUUCCAUGAGCAUCGUCUGUUUGUUUAACAUUGCCAUGGAGACGAGACAACCGUCAUCACGCCAAUACGACAUUAUGUCACUCGAGGCGGCGGAAUCACCACACGCAUGCGCCCCGGACUCGAGAGAACGCCGAAGGCAACACACAACACCUGGGGUAAGCUAAUAUGCACCUAUAUUCAAUUAUGUUUGUAAUUAUGUAUGUAUAUAUUUGACAACUGUUAUACUAGAAUUUUAUGUUUGAACCUGAGGAAAGUCCACAAGGAGGACUGAAACAUCAAUCUAAUUUUUAAAACGAAUCCAAUAAAGAAUUCAAGAUUUUAUCACAGACCGUGAGUGCAGCUGAUAUCUGCUGAUAUUUUUAUAUAUAUAUAUUAUAUAUAAAUACACUUUUGCCUUAUUAGUUUCCCCAUAAGAUAAAACCUUUUUUGUCCUUUUAUCUUAACCUGUAUGGGUAUGCUGUUACCUUGUAUCCUUGCAUUAAUGAUCUCUUAUAGUUGUCUAUUUUGUGUACACAAUUACUCUUGUAUAUUAUUGCUUACAAAUAGGUAAUGUUGUCACACCUAUUAUUGCUAUGUUUUAGACUAAUAUUUUUUCAAUAAUAAAAUAAAUCUAAUUGCAAAUUAAACUGUAUUUGUACUUUACAGCUCUGUCAUGUCCACCCAACUCUCAUUAUGAGCAAUGUGGUACAUCGUGUCCAGCCACUUGUUCAAACCCAGAAUCCUCACCCACUUGCAAUCUCCCUUGUGCUGAGGGAUGUGUCUGUGACACAGGAUAUGUUCUCCAAGAUAAGAAGUGUGUCCCUACAGCAGAAUGCCAAGGAUGCUGGGAUGGCAUUAAAAAUCAUCCAGUGAACUUUGAAUUCUGGACCGAUGACACCUGUUCUACAAAGUGCAGAUGUCCAUCUGAAGGAAGUGAAUUUACCUGUACUCCUUCUUCUUGUCCAGAUGACAAACACUGUGGCAUAACAAAUAGCAUACCUGGCUGCUAUGAUCAAACAUUUGGCAACUGCCUAGUCUAUGGGGAUCCUCAUUAUAAUACCUUUGACAAAGCAGUUCAUCACUAUAUGGGAGUGUGCACCUACACACUCUCCAAACUCUGUAGUAAUUCCACUCUGCCAUAUUUUAAUAUUGAAGCAAAGAAUGAGCAUCGUGGUAACCCAACAGUGUCAUAUAUUCAAAUGGUUAUGGUAGAUAUUUACAAUCAUCAAAUAACAAUUGUGAAAAAUGAACCAAAACGUGUCCUGGUAAGCUACCCUUCAAUGUUCUUGAUCCUACUAAGUGGGCAUAUUUUAUUAUACAUAAUUAAUAAUGUAAUUGUCUAUGGCCAUCAAAUAACAAUUGUGAAAAUGGAGCAAAAUGGUGUCCUGGUAAGCUGCAAUUUAAUUUAUUUAAAAAAAUCUGCAACGUAAAGGUAAAGUAAGUUAUUUUGUUAAGUAGAAAGAAAACUAAAUUCUGUUCUCUGUUUAAAGUUGCAAUGUUUGAUUUAAAUGGUGCUAAUCAGGACUUGUUUUAUUGACUCUUGUUAACUGUACAAUGAUGUUCAGUAUUAUUUAGAUAUACAUAUUUUUCAAUGACUCCUAUUUUUUUAUUUAAGCUUAAUGGUGUAUGGACCAUUCUCCCAGUAAGUUUGGAUAAUGGAAACUUGACAGUAAGCCGAAGUGGAAAAUAUAUCCUUGUGGAGACUGAUUUCAAACUCACAGUCUCAUAUGACACUGAUCAUACAGUGGAGGUAAAUGUUCCUACCACCUAUUUCAACCAGACAUGUGGAAUAUGUGGUAAUUUUAAUGGAGACCUAAUAGAUGACUUCAUGAUGCCUAAUAGUCAACAAGCACAGGACACUAAUCAGCUGGGAAACAGCUGGAAAGUAGAUGAUGAUGAUCCAUCAUGCACACCAGUUCCUCCACCUCCAAUUUGUCCACCAGAGAAGGAAGAAUUUUAUGAGAGAGAUACCUACUGUGGCCUUAUAAGAAGUAAAGAUGGUCCAUUCCAGGCUUGUCUUUCUGUAAUCAACCCAGACAGAUUCAUGAGCAGCUGUGUGUUUGACCUGUGUGUCCUUGGUGACGCUGCUCUGUGCAAUGCAUUAGAGGCAUAUGCUGAUGCCUGCCAACGGGCUGGAGUUAGCAGCACUUGGAGAAACUCAACAUUCUGCGGUGAGUAUUGGGUAUGGUUUCAAAAAAUGUGUCGGGUACCUGUUAUAACUACCCAGUGCUAUUCAAAUAAUCUUUAGACUGCUUAAACAAACACAUUUUAAAUCAAACUGGAAUAAUUACAAAUAUAUAUAUAUAUAUGAAAUUAUUAAUAUUAUUGGCAUUUAUAUAGAGCCAACUUAUUUUGCAGUGCUUUACAUUAUUAUAAAGGAGGGAAUAUAAAAAUAAAUUAAACAAUCAUAAUAUCUUACAAGAACAAUAGAUUAAUGAGGAUCCUGCUGAACAAGCUUACGAUCUAUAGAAUGUUUAAGAAUGACUUGUAAAACACAUUUUUUUUUUUUUUUUUACUAUUUACUCAGCUCUCAAUUGUCCUGCUAACAGUCACUACAACCAAUGCACCAGUGCAUGUCCUGACACUUGUCUGAAUCAGAAUGCAUCAAGCAAUUGCACUAAACCAUGCAUUGAGGGCUGCCAGUGUGAUAAUGGCUUUGUUCUUAGUGGGAGUACCUGUGCUGAAGUCAAUGAUUGUGGAUGUUCUUAUAACGGCACAUAUCAUCAGGUCAGUUUUGGGCACUUUAUUCACUUCACCUCCUUGCUGGUAGUAACGUGAAAUGACACUGAGAUUUCAUGUAGUGCUGGGAGAACUUAAAUAUUGUCUUCAAGAAAAUCUUAUCCAAGAUGAUGAUCAACCAACAUAUAAGCAGUAAAUUAUCACCUUGUGUAUAGGUGGUGUGCUACACCCAUCUUAUUCUCCUUAUUCCUAUCCAAACAGAUGUCAUGUAUGAAGACUAUUAUGGAGAGUUCAAUAGUUUUAUGUUUAGAAAUAAUACAUCUGUUUGUGACGGACUGACUGAUUGAUUGAUUGAAUUACACUGUUAUAAAUAUGUCUAAUUUUACAGGAAGGAGACUGGUUCUGGCUAGAAGAAUGUGAGGGCCAAUGCACAUGUAUCGGAAAUAACCAUGUAACCUGCAAUGACAAGAAAUGUCAAGCAAACCAAAUGUGUAAAGUCCAAAGGGGUGUUCUAGGAUGUCACCAGUCAGACUCCACCACUUGCCAUAUUUAUGGUGACUCACACUAUGUCACAUUUGAUGGCAAACUGUACCAUUUCCAAGGAGCUUGUACUUAUACCACUGUGGAGUCCUGUCGAUACUCCUCUGUUAACUUCUCAAUCACAACGAGGAAUGAGCACAGGGGAACUUUGGACUGGACAGGUUUAAAUUCAGUUGCUGUUAAAAUUGGGGACCAGAACAUUGUACUGGGGAAGCAAAAAAAUGCUUAUGCGUCACACAUAGAGGUAAGCAAAUUUGAAAUGUAUUAUGAUUGUUUGCAGGUAAAUUCAUAAUUAUUGAGGGUUUAAUAUAUUUAAUUUUUAUGGACAUCUUAAACUGUGUUCAUAUGUUUAACUUAUUUUAUUUUUUUAGGUAAAUGGAAGAAAGAUUACUUUUCCAGCACAUACAGGCUCUGGAAUCUUAAUAUAUAAUAGUGGACCCUAUGUUGUUCUCCAAACUGAUUUUGGCCUGGAGGUUAAAUUUGAUGGAAAACAUGAACUGUUUGUUAAAGUGCAUGAAAAGUUCAGAGGUCAACUCUGUGGUCUUUGUGGAACUUAUACUGGUAAUAUAAUGGAUGAUUUCUUAAAGCCUGAUGGUUUAAUGGCACACACCUCAACUGAGUUUGGAAACAGCUGGCGAAUUUCUGAUGACGACUGGGAGUAAGUAUGACAUAACAAUAAAGCCACAGCACAACACAUCUAAAUAGAACCACAAUAAUUGUAAAAAGAGUACUGAAAACACAAUAAAUAAUAUAUCCAGUUAAUGUAGUUUUGGUACCAGCAGAGUCCUUUUCCCAUACCUAAGCUUGUUGCUGUGGCUCUCAGCCAAUUCAUGUUACCUAAAUAUGGACAAAAAUAAAGGAACACACUAAGCACUAUUCUCAGCCAAUUCAUGUUACCUAAAUAUGGACAAAAAUAAAGGAACACACUAAGCACUAUAACCACUACAGCCUGUUCUACUGGUUAUGGUGCCAGGUGUGCCUUGACGUCCUCCCAUAGAAAAUAUUGAUAUGACAGCAUACCUGAGGUCCAUUGAAAGCCUUUUACCACCUCCCAAAGAGCUAGAAGCUCAUCCAUGGAGCUGUUCUUCUCCACUGAGCUAAACCCUGCUGUGUAGUGCUGGAGUAAAGGUUGAGACUGUACUUAAACAGUUUGACAAUCCUGGCAAUCCUGGCACCAUAACUAUCACAGCAGGUUCUUGUAGUUAUUGUACAUAUACUGUUUCUUUAUUUACUUAUUAUUACUGAAUUUAUUUAUUUACUUAUGUGGAAUUGUAUCUUUGGCAAUAUCAAUAUGCUAUUCGCUAUUGGCUGGAUCACAGACUUCUGGAGUACCCUAGCUUUGUGUCAAUCUUUUCAAAAAUGGUUUGACACAAAACCAGGGAACAGAGGCCAUACUGGCACCAUAACCAUUAUAGAGGGCUGAAGUAGUUUACAGGUUUAGGCUGCCCAUUUCAACAACAUUGCAAAAUAUGUUAAAGCAUGAUGUAUUGUGUGGAUUUACAUUAAAGCAGGGGAGGUCCAAGGGUGCAAAAGACUACGGGCUUUUGCCCAAGGUAUAUUUUUUGUCCCAUCCUGUAUAUAUUAAUUUAAGUCCCUCCUAAAAACAGCCCUAAAAGAUGUCCUAAAUCCAUUCCUAAUCCCUGUGUUCUGACAUUGGGACCCCAAGACAUGCUGGAUUAACUUGUCAACCCACUGCAUUAAAGCCGUAAACCCACAUCAAUAUCCCCACAUUGUGCUUUAUAAUAAAAUAUCUUGCCCUAAAUAUUACACAGGACUUGAUACGAACAAUGAAAUGGUGCUAGAAUUAGAGUGAUGGCUUUUUAGGACCGCACUGAGGGCUCCAGUCCUUGACAGCCCCUCCCUAACUACACCUCUGCAUCAAAGGGAAUCUUUCAUGACAUACCUUAACCUCUGCGCCCACACCACAUUGUUCUUAUAGAGGUGCUUGGUAUACUUCUGUUACAUAUUUAAACAUUGUUACAUUUAAAAAAAUGCAAAUGUAUAAAAAUGGAUAAUAUAGUAAAACUACAUUUUCCUUUAGGUGUGAAGAUUAUGUUAUAAUUCCUCAUCCUUGUAACCCUGCUGAUGAGAAACUCUAUGAAGAACAAUGCAAAAUCAUUCUCUCAAUCAAUGGUCCUUUUGAAGAAUGUCACUUUUAUAUCCUACCUGGGAUGUACUUUGAGAGCUGCGUCUAUGAUCAAUGUGCCACAGGAGGAGACAUAGAACAGUUUUGCAAUGCCUUAGAGUCAUAUGCUGCCGCCUGUGAGAAUGUUGGUCUCAACCUUGAAAACUGGAAAGAUGACGCUAUCUGUAUGGAGGGAAAAAAAUACCCUGAUAUUUGA